GAGGAAGUGUCCUUGUUGAAAGCACGUCUGGACGCUCGGGCUUCACAUGUUUCAGCAGCUGUUGAAAGGGUGGAGCGAUUAAUAUAUGAGCCACACCCUGGCUUACUCUCGCCUGACUGCCAUUCAGAUGCAGGUGGUACCAGCAGCACUGGUGGCAGCAGUGCCAGCAAAAGCAGCAGCAGCAGCAGCAGCAGCAGCGACAGUGACAGCAGGUUGAGCAACAGCGGCAGGGGCAAAGGCAGGCAUGCUGGUGGCAAGGAUAGUGCUGCUGGUGCUGUGGUGGGGAACGUCAAUGGUGACAGGAGGUCGCAUCUUCCUGGGUGCAUACUGCAGAGCGACAGCCGGCAGGCGAGGGACUAUGUGGAGGCGGCAGGCUACGACUACUUUGAGAGGAACGGCCGCUCCCUGCCCUUCUGGAUGGCCUCCAAGGCUAUCAACCAGCUGUAUGCCAACCGUCAUGGCUACCACUAUGUGAAUCAGGACACACGGGAAUACAACGACACUCGCCACCCAUCGUGGCUCAAGCUGCUGUUCAUUCGGGAUCAGCUGCGCUGCUGCUGUGCCUGGGCCUUCUAUCUCGACUCAGACGCCUAUUUCCGAAUGGACAACCACCGCCUUCCAAUUGAAGCCUGGCUCGCAGGACUGCCUUUCACGGGAGCAUUCAACUGGAUAAGGGAUCGCUACGGCAUGGAGCUCACCAAUCAGACGUGGAUGCCGCAGUUCCCCAUUGGCCUGCUGGAUCCUCCUCCUGCUGACGUGGCAGCCUGCAGCCAAUCACCCGCUGCCCCAUGUGCAGAGGAGCCCUCGGAGGAGCUGAUUGGUCUGUUCGCCCGGAAUUCAGGGGAGGAGAAUGGCGCCUCGGCUGCUCUGUUCAAUGCCUCCUUAGAGUCAAUCAAUGCGGGGGUUAUGCUGCUGAGACGCUCGUCCCUUACCUUCAAGUUUUUGGACACUUGGUAUAACGAGGAACCUUCUAACCGCCAUUUACAGGAAGCCACGUGGGAGCAAAUCCGCCUCAACCGCAUUGCACCACUCUUUGCAAAGCACCUGGUGGUCGUGCCGUACCUGGAGCUCACUGGUCCGGAGGGUCGUCAGGUUCGGCAUGUGUGGUCGAUGGUGGGUCGGCAUAGGGACGAGGCACUGAGGGCUGCGUUGUUAGGAGCUUUAUUGGCAAAUGAUUUGGCGACUAAAGAGGACGAUUGGACACCAAGAGGGGUGGUUGAGAAGUGGGCGCAUGAUGAAAUGGAUGCUAGGCAAUAG